AUGGCCAGUCCGUGGACCUUCACCCUCAUCUGUGGUUUGCUGGCAGCUUCUUUGGUACAAGCCACCCUCCUCCCCCCUGCAGUUCUCAGCCUAGGCCCAGAAGUCAUCAAAGAAAAGUUGACAGAGGAGCUGAAGGAGCAUGACGCCGUCAGCAUCCUCCAGCAGUUGCCCUUGCUCGAUGCCAUGCAAGAGUCAUCUGACGGCAUCAUGAGCAGCCUGGUGAACUCCAUCCUGAAAUAUAUUGUCUGGCUAAAAGUCACCUCUGCCAGCAUCCUGCAGCUUCAGGUGCAACCCUUGAUGGAUGGUCAGGAGUUAAUGGUCAAGAUUCCACUAGACAUGGUGGCUGGAUUCAACACGCCACUGGUCAAGAGCAUCGUGGAGAUGCACAUGGAGACUGAGGUCCUAGCCAUCAUCCAAGUGGAGAGCAACGGGCAGGGCCAUGCCCGCCUCAUCCUCAGCAGCUGUUCCAAUAGCCAAGGGAGCCUGCGCAUCAGCCUCCUACACAAGCUCUCCUUUCUGGUCAACUCCUUUGCAAACAAAGUCAUGAAUCUCCUGGUGCCAGCCCUGCCCAAACUGGUGAAAAGUCAGCUGUGUCCUGUGAUCCAGACAUCCUUGAAGGACAUGUAUGCUGACCUCCUGCGCCUGGUGCGAGUGCCCGUUUCCCUAGGCUUUAACCGCCUGGAGUUCGACCUUUUGUCUUCUGCCAUCAAGAGUAAUGUCAUCCAGCUCAGCCUGAAGGCCAAACUGUUGGACUCCCAAGGACAGGUGACCAAUUGGUUCAAUGGCUCUUCAACAUCUCUGACUAUUCCCUCCCUGGACAGCACCCCCUUCAGCCUCAUUGUGAGGCAGGAUGUGUUGAAUGCUGCAAUGGCUGCCCUGCUCCCUCCAGAAGAACUUGCAGUGCUAUUGGACUACGUGCUUCCCGAGCUAGCCCAACAGCUGAAGUCAAGCAUCAAGGUGAUCAAUGAAAAGGCUGCGGAUCAGCUGGGGCCCACACAGAUUGUGAAGAUCUUACUUCAGGAAAGCCCCAAGCUCCUUUUGAGCCAGGGCACUGCCAAGGUGGCUCAGCUGAUCAUAUUGGAGAUGUUUGCCACCAAUGAAGUCCGCCGUCCUCUCUUCACUCUGGGCAUUGAAGCUAGUUCUGAAGCUCAGUUUUACACUGAAGGUGAUCAACUUAUGCUCAACUUAAAUGAAAUCAGCGCUGAUCGGAUCCAACUGAUGAACUCAGGGAUUGGCUUGUUCAACCCUGAGCUUCUGAAAGACAUUGUCACCGAGACCCUGCUUUCCAUCCUGCUGCCUAAUGAGAAUGGCAAACUAAGAUCCGGAAUCCCAAUUUCAGUGAUGAAGGAUUUGGGAUUUGAGGCAGCUGCAUGUUCUGUGACCAAGGACGCCCUUGUGCUCACCCCAGCCUCCUCAUAG